UCUCUCUCUCUCUCUCUCUCUCUCUUCUUGGAGCCUCUUGUAUUAUAUUCAUCUUCUCUUGGUCCUCAUCUCCUCCUCCGCUUCUCCAUGCAAGCUCUUUGGUUCUGCAGGAACCUCAUGUCAUAGAUAGAAACCUUUUGUAAUCGUUCUCUCCCUGUCUCCCAAGAAGAUUCCAUGCUUCUGGGGUUUUCGUUUUUCUGCUGAGAAGAUGAACUUAGACACGUGAUAUCUUCUUCGUGUUGUUCUUGAACGGGUGAGAGCACCUUCAUGUCUCCGGUUCUCAGUGAAAUCCUUCGUUCGGGUUAUAUGAUAAGUUCUUCCCUGAGGCGCAGGACCCACUUAGUUCAAUCUUUCUCCGUUGCGUUCCUCUACUGGUUCUAUGUUUUCUCAUGAUUUGUCUACCUUAAGUUCUUUAACGUAGUAUUCAUAUACAUAUAUAGCUUUCUAGAUUAGCUAAAACAUCGUUAGGAUCUGGGUCUGGUGUGUUUUUCUCUGCUAGUUGACUCAGAUCUUCAAAUAUUAUCAUAAUUUUGAUAGUAUUAAUUAGUAUUCUUCCCUUUGUUUUGGGGGUUGUAAUUUGGUGUUUUGCGAAUCGGGUGUAAAUAUACGACUAUUGCCAUGGCUUCCUCGAGCCGGAAUUCGAAUUCCUCCUCGGGAACAACUGCUGCCGCCACCACCACUCAGAUUCAAAACUCGAGCUCCGAAGACGAGUUGCUGCAGAUCCAGAGGAAGAGGAAGAGGAUGGAGUCGAACCGGGAGUCGGCGAGGCGGUCGCGGAUGCGGAAGCAGAAGCACUUGAACGGGCUCACGGCCGAGGUGGAUCAACUGAGGAAGGACAACAACCAGAUCAUCACCAACAUCACCAUCACCACCCACCACCUGCUGGGCCUCGAGGCCGAGAACUCGAUCCUGAGGGCUCAGGCUCUUGAGCUGAGACAGAGACUCCAGUCCCUCAACGACAUUCUCGGUUGCAUCAACACGACCAAUCUCAGGGUGUGCGACAUCGACGAUGUCGUGGGCGGCGUCCGGACAACGAGCCACGACCAUUUCCUGAACCCACUCAACUCGCUGGGCCUUCAUGUUAGCCAACCGAUCAUGGCUGCUUCGGACGUGUUUCUGUACUGAACGUGAAAACCUCGUCACAACCAAAUCUCCAUCCAUGCGUUGGUGCCUUGUUCAAGCCUUCGAAGGGAAAGACUAGGGUUAAAGACUAGGGUUGCUUUGUUCCGUUUUGUCUAUUACGAUUUUGCAGGGUGAUGAGGCCAUGGAAAAAAUGGCAAGAGCAAUUAUGAAUUAUUAAGGAGGGGGGUAGUGAGUGAGUGAUGCAAUGGAUUGGAUCAGCUAAUCUGGGUGGUGCUUGUGAUGUGUACUUUUGACUAUAGUUUUGUGUGGUUUAUUUUGGUUUGUGGGUUGUUAAUUAUUAUAUGUGAUAUUGUAUUUAAAAGCUUGGUUUAUCAAUGAUUGGUUGUCGCAAA